GCUACCAUGUGGCCGCCAGCAAAGCUCCAGCCUCCCGGCGCGAGCAGCCUGGGCUCAAACAGACUCCCUCAGAAUUGCUCCAGGAAACCGUCGGGUGGGUGGAGAUGGGCGCUCCGUCCAGCAGCGCCCUUCCGAUCUGCUGUCCUGUUUGAGAACGUCGCCUUUCCUUCCCGGAAAUGAGCCUUAAUGCAGCUAAGGUUGCGCCAGAGGCGGUGCCCGGGCGGGAGGCGGGGCAGGAACCGGGGCCCGUAGCGCAGGGGCCGGAGGCGGGGCCGGGGCCGGACUCGGAGAGCUGGCCACAGCCGCCGGCCGGGCCCGGCUCCGAGCCUCUCCCGGCUGCAGAGCCCGAGCCGGAGCCGGUCUCGGCGUCGGGUCCGGGACGGGAGCUCGAGCUGGGCUGGGCUGCGGGGCAGCGCGCAGGGGCCCCGCCGGAGUCGCAGCCUCUGCCGGCGUCGGAGUCUGAGAACGGAGUGUCCGAGAGGCCCCGCUGCCACACCGACUGCCUGGAGGUGCCGCUCUCCCGGGCCUUCGGGCGGCUGGGAUGGGAGGUGGGCUCGCACCCCUGGAUCUUCUUUCUGCUGCCCAUGGUUUUAACGGCCGUCCUCGGCGCUGGCCUGAUUCACCUGCCCAAGGAAGAAGAAGACGUCGAGGAGCAGUACACCCCGAUAGGGAGCCCCGCCAAGGCUGAGCGACGCUUCGUGCAGGGACAUUUCACCGCCAACGACUCCAAUCUCUUCUCCAUCGCCAGGAAGAGCACCGGGGUCAAUUAUGCUUCCAUUCUAGUGGUCUCCAACACCAACUCGCUGCUGGAACAAGAAAUCUUAUCAGAAAUUAGUGAAGUGGACGACGCGGUUCAGGCUUUGACUGUGACACAGGCAAACGGAACCCAGAUCCUCUACAAUGAGGUGUACUCGAAGAACCAGGGCUACUGUGUACCCUUCCACCCACUCUUGUUCGCCUGGAAAACGAACAGUGUCCUCAACCUGAAAAACAUCACCUUCCCCAUCUACAGCCUAGCCGGCCAGGUCGUGUACCUGGCCAACAUCCUUGGAGGAACUGUGUUAGGCAAGAGCAUGGGACUGAGCCAGUUACUCCUGGAGGCCAAAGCCAUGCGGCUGCAGUACUACCUGAAGACUGGCGAAGGAGAGGACAGCGAACGCAGCAAGGCGUGGCUGAUCCACUUCCUGAACCAAGUUGGCAACCUUGAAAAGAGUCUGGCCUUGAAGAAGAUCCAGAUGGUCUACUUUACAUCACUUUCUAGACAACUGGAAUUUGAGCCAACUUCUAUGACAGUGAUCCCCUUGUUUCACUUGGCAUACCUUCUAAUCAUAUUAUUUGCAAUCACAUCAUGUUACAGGUGUGACUGUAUACGAAACAAAAUGUGGGUUGCAGCCUUUGGAGUGAUUUCUGCUGCCUUGGCACUGGUGAGUGGCUUUGGCCUGAUGUUGUACAUUGGGGUGCCAUUUGUGAUCAUAGUUGCAAAUUCACCAUUUCUUAUUCUAGGCGUUGGGGUCGAUGACAUGUUUAUCAUGAUUUCUGCCUGGCAGAAGACCAACCUCAUGGAUAGCAUAAAAGAACGGAUGUCCAAUGUCUAUUCAAAAGUGGCAGUGUCCGUUACAAUCACCACCAUCACCAACAUCCUGGCCUUCUAUACAGGAAUUAUGACCUCUUUCAGGUCCGUACAAUACUUCUGCAUCUAUACAGGAACAACCCUUCUCUUUUGUUAUUUUUAUAACAUCACCUGUUUUGGAGCAUUUAUGGCCCUGGAUGGUAAUAGAGAAGUAGUUUGUCUAUGCUGGUUGAAGAAACCAGAAACUCCUGACCAAAAGUGUUCCUCGUUAAAAAAGCCCUGCGGCCUCCCAUGUAAUUCUCUCCGAGACAAACAUAAAGCUGAUAUCCGCCCAAUGAAUUUGUUCUUUAGAGACUAUUUUGGUCCUUUUCUCACAAGCACUGAGUCCAAGUUUUUGUAG